AAGAUUUAUUUUGAGUGAUUAAAGUAUGGAAGGAAGUAGUAAUUCUAGGAAAAAGAAAGGAGGACUUAAAGAUGACUUCAUUGAUUUGGUCUUCUCAUGGUCUGUUCAAGAUAUUCUUGAUGAUACUCUAUAUCAAAACCAGGUGGAGAAGAUUCCAAAAUCAUUUGAAUCAGUCGGUCAUUACUUGGGAUCGUUUCACUACUCGUUACUGGAAGAAAUACGGGCUGAUAUUAGUGCUUCUUUGGAAGUCAUAGACAAAGCACCUUUUGGUGAAUUGAUCUCCUUUGAUGAGAAACCACUUGGAUCACUAUUUUUUAAAGUUCAGGUUGACUAUUGGAGGAAACUGUCUGGUGACGGAAAGGAGCCUUAUCGAACGUUGCCUGGAGAUAUUGUCAUUAUCUCAGGUGACAAACUGGAAACUGCUUCUGACCUGCUACGGCUUGGAUGGAACUGGACAUUUGCAUUUGUAACGAGAGUCAGUGACGGUGAGAGUGAUGAUUCAAAUGCAUCCACUAGUUUUACAGUCAAAGUUGCUAGAGAUAUUGUGAUUUCUGAGAGAAAGCAAAAAUCGUUGUAUAUAGUGUAUUUGGUAAAUGUGCUACCAAGUAAGAGAGUAUGGAGUGCACUGAGGAUGAGAAAGAAUUUGAACCUUAUUGAGAAAGUUCUGUGCAGUGAGAAUGAGAAACAGGAUGAGGAUAAAUGUGACGUUUGUUCUGCAUCUAAUAAUGAUGGACUAUCUGGAGAAGUUGUUAAUAAUCUGCUGUCUAAGUUGAAUGAUUCGCAGGCUGAGGCGAUCUUGACCUCUCUUGAUUCGUUGAAGUGUUGUCACAAGCCUUCAGUUGAACUCAUAUGGGGACCACCUGGUACAGGCAAGACCAAGACUAUGAGUGUCAUGCUCUUCAUACUAUUGAAAAUGAAGUAUAGAACUCUUACUUGUGCCCCAACAAAUGUAGCAAUAACACAAGUGGCUUCGCGGUUAGUUAAACUGAUCAGUGAGUCAUUUAAUAAUCCUUCUGCAGAAAUGGAUAUUUGUCCUCUGGGUGACAUUCUCUUGUUUGGGAAUAAGUACCGUCUGAAAGUUGGUCAAGAUAUUGAGGAGAUAUACCUUGAUUAUCGUGUUGAUAGGCUGGUGGAGUGCCUCGUACCCGUGACUGGUUGGAAACACUGUAUAAGUUCCAUGAGCGGGUUUCUGGAAGAUUGUAUUUCUCAGUAUAACAUAUAUGUUGACAAUGAGUUGAUCAAACUGAAGGAGCUUUCUGAUCAAGAGGAAGCUCAGAAGGAAGAAGAAAAAAUCAGCUCAUUGAUUGAUUUUGUCAAAUCCCGGUUCAAAUCUACAGCUUCAUCUUUGAGAAGAUGCUUGCUUACAUUCUGUACUCAUCUACCAUUAAGUUUUAUUCGGGAGGAGAAUUUUGAAAAAAUGGUACGCUUUAUCUCCCUACUUGAUUGUUUGGAGGGAAUGUUAUUUCAAGACAAUCUUGGCUCUAAAGAUCUUGAGCAACUCUUCUCUUGUCAACAACCAAUUGAAGUCUCUUCCGACUCAUUUUUGGAUGAGUGGUCCUUACCUUGUUUAAGAAGCCAGUGCCUAUUUCUUCUGAAAGAUGUUUGCCAAUCUCUCGGAGAACUGAGUCUUCCUCGUGCAAUGAGCAAGGAGUCGAUUAGGGAAUUCUGUAUACAAAAGGCUUCCUUGGUUUUCUGUACGGCUUCAAGUUCGUAUAAGCUUCAUCCACUGGAUAUAAAGCCAUUUGACUUAUUAAUUGUUGAUGAAGCUGCCCAGUUGAAGGAGUGUGAAUCUGUCAUACCCUUUCAACUACCAUGUCUGAGGCAUACUGUGUUGAUGGGCGAUGAGUGUCAACUGCCCGCAGCAGUCAUGAGUCGAGUUUCUGAAGAAGCUGACUUUGGAAGGAGCCUUUUUGAAAGACUCAGUUCUCUGGGUCAUUCUAGACAUUUGCUUAACAUACAGUACCGAAUGCAUCCAUCAAUUAGCCAAUUUCCAAAUUCAAGUUUCUAUCGUAAGCAAAUUUGUGAUUCCCCUGAUGUAAAAUAUAAAACAUAUGAGAAAAGGUAUCUUCCAGGAAGAUGUUUUGGCCCGUAUUCCUUUAUAAAUGUUCCGUUGGGUAAAGAAGAAAUGGAUGAUGUUGGACAUAGCCGAAGGAAUAUGGUUGAGGUGGCUUUAGUGAUGAAGAUAGUGGACAACUUGUAUAAAGGUUGGGGUGGCUCCAGGAAGAAACUCAGCAUUGGUGUUAUAUCACCUUAUGCUGCACAAGUUUUGGCUAUAAAAGGUAAACUUGGGCGGAGGUAUGAUAACCUUGAGGGUUUUGAAGUUAAGGUGAAGUCAGUAGAUGGAUUUCAGGGAGGGGAGGAAGAUAUCAUUAUAAUAUCUACGGUGAGAUCUAAUUUAGGCGGAUCAAUUGGUUUCUUGUCUAGUCUUCAAAGGGCUAAUGUUGCUUUGACCAGGGCUCGGCACUGUCUAUGGAUUCUUGGCAAUGAGCCAACAUUACUUAAUAGCAACUCUGUGUGGGAAGCAUUAGUUCUGGACGCCAAGGAACGUCAAUGCUUCUUUCAUGCUGAUGAAGACAAUGACAUGAGGACAACAAUUUUAGAUGUUAAGAAACAAUAUGAUCAGCUGGAUGAUUUACUUAAUGCAGACAGUAUUUUGUUCAAAUCUCAACGAUGGAAGGUACUCUUCAGUGACAAUUUUAGAAAGUCAUUUGUAAAGUUAACAUCCUCCCGGUUGAGGAAGUCUGUGAUAAGUCUUCUGGUUAAGCUGGCCAGUGGAUGGCGUCCCAAGAGAAAGAAUGUGGAUUCAAUUUCUGAGAGCUCAUCUCAAAUUGUACAACAAUUUAAGGUUGAAGGGCGGUAUGCUGUUUGCUCUAUUGAUAUUCAGAAAUACUCCACCUAUACUCAAGUGCUGAAGGUUUGGGAUGUAUUACCCUUGGAGGAGGUUGCAAAGUUGUUGAAACGUCUUGAUAACAUAUUUUCAAUGUACACUGAUGAAUUCAUUAAGCUUUGCAAGGAGAAGUAUCUUGAGGGGGACUUGGAAGUUCCGAAGAUUUGGAUGCUUUGUCGUGAGAUAAGUCAGUAUAAAAGCAUUUCUAGUGAGAGCCAAUUGAAUCAUGAAUCAACUGGUGCGGAAGAUGGUAGAAAUUGUGUUGAACAUUCAAGAGUCAGCGAAAGCUUGUUAUUGAUGAAGUUUUACUCAUUAUCAUCUGGUGUUGUCAAUCAUUUGCUCUUUGAUCACCAUGGUGAAGCAUUAGAUCUCCCUUUUGAAGUUACUAAUGAAGAGAGGGAGAUAAUCCAAUUUAGUAGAAGCAGUUUCAUCCUUGGUCGCUCAGGCACGGGGAAAACCACAGUUUUGACCAUGAAAUUAUUGCAGAAGGAGCAACAACAUCACAGUUCUGUUGAAGGAUUAAAUAAAGCAGGGAAGCAAGAAGUAAAUCGAUUUGAAGGGGAAGCAGAUGAGGAUAAUCAAUGUGUAGGAGAGGCUAGCAGUGAAACCCUGCGUCAACUUUUCGUGACUGUUAGUCCGAAACUUUGUUAUGCUGUCAAACAGCAGAUUUCUCAGUUGAAAAGCUUUGCUUGUGGUGGAAGUUUCUCAGCAGAAAACAGCUUGCUUGAAAUUGAUGAUUUGGAUGGGACGACACAGUUUAGAGAUUUACCGAACUCUUUUAUUGGCAUUCCUUACAUGAAAUACCCUCUUGUGAUCACAUUUCACAAGUUCUUAUUGAUGCUUGAUGGAACAAUAGGUUCUUCCUACUUUGAUAGGUUCCAUUUGAAGUGGGACCUGUUUGAAGACAGAAGUUUGAGGUCAGCUGCUUUAAGAUCCUUCAUAAGAGAGAAGGAGGUCAACUACGAAUGCUUCUGUAGCUCGUAUUGGCCUCACUUCAAUACUGUGUUGACGAAAAAUCUUGAUCAUUCAAGGGUGUUUACUGAAAUUCUUUCUCAUAUAAAAGGAGGAUUAAAAUCAGGAGAUUUUCAUGAUGGGAAACUCAGCAAAGAGGAUUAUAUUUCAAUGUCCGAACAUCGAGUCUCUUCGAUAAGUGCAGAAAAAAGAGAUAGAAUAUAUGGUAUUUUUCAGGAUUAUGAAAAGAUGAAGAUGGAGCGUGCUGAAUAUGAUAUAGCUGAUUUGGUUAAUGAUCUUCAUAGUCGGCUAAAGUAUCAGCAUCUCGAUGGUGACAAAGUAGAUUUUGUGUAUAUUGAUGAAGUUCAAGAUCUCACAAUGAGACAGAUAGCGUUGUUCAAAUAUAUUUGUAGAAAUGUCGAAGAAGGAUUUGUUUUCUCUGGUGAUACAGCACAAACAAUUGCUAGGGGGAUAGAUUUCAGGUUUGAAGACAUUAGGAAUCUAUUCUAUACCGAGUUUGUCAUGGAUUCAAAGGGUGAUGAAGUUUCCCAUAGAAAAGACAAGGGACAUUUAUCACCUGUUUUUCAGUUGCUUCAGAACUUCCGGACACAUGCCGGUGUACUCAAACUAGCACAGAGUGUAGUUGAUUUGCUUUGCCAUUAUUUCCCUCACUCUGUUGAUUUCUUGAAACCUGAAACAAGUCUUAUUUAUGGUGAGGCUCCGGUAUUGUUGAAGCCCGGAGCUGAUGAAAAUGCAAUUCUAACUAUUUUUGGGAAUACUGGACGUAUUGGAGAAAAAAUGAUAGGUUUUGGUGCAGAGCAGGUAAUCUUAGUGCGGGAUGAAUCUGCGAAGAAGGAAAUCUCCGGUUAUAUUGGAAGGCAAGCACUUAUUUUGACUAUUGUUGAAUGCAAGGGUUUGGAAUUUCAGGAUGUACUGCUGUACAAUUUUUUCGGGUCAUCGCCACUUAGAAAUCAGUGGAGAGUGGUAUAUGAGUUUAUGAAAGGAAAAGUUGUAGUAGAUAUAUCCUGCCCAAAUUUCUGUGAAGAACGACAUUGUCUAUUGUGUUCUGAACUAAAACAGCUUUAUGUUGCUAUCACUCGAACAAGACAAAGGUUAUGGAUUUGUGAGAGUGUUGAAGAAUUUUCCAAGCCUAUGUUUGACUACUGGAGAGGAUUGUGUCUAGUGGAAACAAGGGAGAUAAAUGAUUCACUUGCACAAGCAAUGCAAACUUCUAGCACCCCGGAGGAGUGGAAGUCGAGGGGAGUGAAGCUCUUUUGGGAAAAGAAUUAUGAGAUGGCAAUCAUGUGCUUUGAAAAAGCAGGAGAAAGGAAUUGGGAGAAAAGGGCAAAGGCAGCUGGAUUCAGGGCAGCUGCUGAGAGAAUUCAUGAUUCAAAUUCCAAAGAGUCUUCCACCUACCUACGUCAAGCGGCUGAAAUUUUUGACUCGAUUGGGAGGUUUGAGGCAGCAGCAGAAUGUUUUUAUGAUUUGAGGGAGUAUGAACGGGCAGGACAAAUUUAUUUGGAGAAGUGUGGAAAACCUGAGCUGAUUAAAGCCGCUGAGUGUUUUACACUGGCUGGAUGCUAUGAGCAGGCUGCCAGAGUUUAUGCAAAAGGCAGUCAUUUCUCAGAGUGCUUAUCAGUUUGCACCAAAGGAAAGUGUUUUGACUUGGGUUUGCAAUAUGUUGAGUACUGGAAACACGAUGCUGCUCAGUGUAGUACAGUGGGGGAAAGAGAGACUGAAAUUGACAAAAUGGAAGAGGAGUUCCUGAGCAAUUGCGGGUUACAUUAUUUUGAGCUCAACGACCGAGUUUCCAUGAUGAGAUUUGUGAAAGCAUUCCCUAGAAUUGACAUGAAACGCAAUUUGUUGAAGUCUUUGGGGUGCCUUGAUGAGUUGCUGUUGUUAGAAGAAGAGUUAGGGAACUUCACUGAAGCUGCAGAAAUUGCCCGGCUGGAAGGGAAUAUUCUUCGUGAAGCGGAUAUAACAGCAAAGGAUGGGGAUUUUGGCAAGGCAUCAUCACUUGUUCUUCUUUAUGUUCUCUCUAACUCUCUGUGGAUCUCAGGAGGUAAAGGUUGGCCUUUGAAGUCAUUUUCAGAAAAAAAGGAACUUUUGGAAAAGGCCAUGUCGUUUGCGAUGCAUGGAUCCAAUUCUGAAACCACGUGCACCGUGAUUAAAGUUUUAUCAAACGAGUCAAGUGAUUGGUCUGGCUUGAAGCACGGUUAUGUCGCGUCUCAGAAAUGUAACAGUCCAAUCGGUGAAAUUUUGAGUUGUAGAAAAAUAUUGGAUGUUCAUUGUGAAACUAACGUGGCAAAGUAUAUUUGGGAUGAUAAUUUAUCAGCCAAUGUGAUGAGUUCAGAAGAAUUGGUUUUAUGCAGCCAAGUCAGUGUAAGGACACUGCUUCACUUUUGGAAUUUGUGGAAGAAGACUAUCUUUGAUCUAAUAGAAUCUCUCCAGGGCCUUGAGAUUGAAAACUUCGGAAAGUAUAACAUCUUAUGUAAUUUCUGCGUAAAUUACUUUGGUGCUAGGCAGCAAUUGAAUGAUCUUAAUGUUACAUAUGCACUGUUGCAUCCUGCUGCUGAAUGGGUGAAAAAAAUUCACCAAAGCUUCAUCCGACGGAGCAAAAAGAUUGUAUUUGUUGAUGCUCGGCAUUUUAUUUAUGCUGCUCGACAACACUGGCAUACCGAAUUACUUAUUGUUGGCUUGAAGGUUCUGGAUACUCUCGAGUCCAUCUAUAAGUCGGCUGCAACUUCAAUGUCUCAUUUCCGGCAAAGCAUGUGCCUUCUAAACAUAUAUGAGAUUGCUAAAUUUUUAAGUGAGUCCAAGGAGCUUGAUUCUAAGAGUUCUCAGUGGAGACUACGGAAUUUCUUGACACUGUCAACAAAAUACUUUGAGAUAGCCUUCCCCCUUGACCCCCGACAAUCGUUGAUGGAGAAUAUCAUUUCUCUAAGGAGAACCGAGCUUUCCCGUGACUUGUUGCAAGAAUUCAUCCAUCAAGAUGUUAACUUCAGAGGUCCUUUGAGCUAUGGACAGAUUGGAAGAGUGAUGAUCAUAUGGCUGGCCUCCGGAAAACUAUCUGAAGAUUUGUACAAGAAAAUUGUUGGAAGAGUUCCAACAGAAUCAUGGAAAUCAUUCAUGGAAAUUCUCAGCUGCAUUAGAGCGACAAAAAUGGAAGAAUAUCAAUCAGGCAAUGCUUGUGGAGGCAAAAUUUCCGAGUCUCGUUUAGCUAAAGAUAUUGUUCCAAGUGAAGCUAUGGAGGUUACAUUAGUUGAGAAAUUUUAUGAAGCAUUACAAGAUACCUAUAUUGUGAACUGGAGCAGACUAAGUGACUAUAUCUCCCCUGGUUGUUUCUUGUAUCUUGUUGAGCGCUUUUUGAUUUUGGUGUCACAGUCUAAAGGGUUCUUUUUCACUACAAAAUCAUCAUUGGUGGAAUGGCUGAUUUCCGAGAAGUCUGAGGUCCUACACACUUCCAAGGUUGCUAUUAUUAACCAACAGUCUUUGGAAAAGUUUUAUCAGUCUGUUCUUACGAUGGUACAACAAUUCCUUUUCAAUAAAGGCAAUACAGCUCUUUGGAUUACACGAUCGGGGAUAAAUUUUGAGGCAUACUAUAAGCUAUUGGUUAUGAGAUUGGUUGUUGUCCUAUGUUUGCUGUGUGUGAACAGUGGGAAAUACUAUGAUGUUCUUUCCUUUGUGCUCAGAAACAACGAUGUUAGGAACCAGCUUCCAAAGUAUUUCUAUGGCAUUCUUUUUCCAUGUUUGAAGCGGAGGUACUUCCAGAUCAGUGAAAUCGGGGAAGCAUUUCAAAUUGCUGGAGAUCCUCUUUUGUGUGUUAACCUGCGUGAGAAUACCACCAGAAAGCUUCCUAAUGUCAUUCAUGUGCAGUUGGGAACAAACUGCAAUAUAGAAGACAUUUUUGACUUGCUGUUUCCGGCUAGAAAUGAGUCACAAGCUCCUAAUUCCACAGUUUCGGAAGUCAUGACUAAUCCGGAUGCUACUUCUUCCUCGGAUUGUUCUGACCAACCAAAGAUUUUGACAGUGCCAUGUUCUGAAGUCUCUCCUCCGUCGGAGCAGAAUCUGCAACAAGUGAAUUGGGACUUGUUUCAAGAAGUAUCUGAUUUUUUGAAGCUUAUUGGCAGUGAAAACAAUGGAACUACCUCGACUGUCGCUCAGAAGAUGAAGGAGGAAAUAAAUAUGCACAUAAAGUUCUUGACUGCUGCCAUUACUCUGCCUGAGCUGAAGAAGCCUGACGCUGGUGAGGACAUGGCUGAGGAAAUGCAACGUAUGCUUCAAGAGCUGCAACAGCUCCAUUCAUUUUUGGAUACGAGCAACUUGGAAGUAGCAAAAGCUGAACAACUAUUGAAGAGUUUGCUGUCAAGAAAGCCCAAUAUUGAAGCUUUAUUGAGUCAAUGCAUUGUACCAACAACAUUGAAGGAUUCAUGUGAGGAACAAGGUAAUACAGUGUGUGUUGAAGAUGAAGAGAUAGAGUCACCGUCUAUCGCGGCCUAUUCUGAAAGCAGUAACAAGGCCACUGAAAAGAAGCAGCCAAAGGGGAAGGCCAAGGCCAAGUCCAAAAAAUCUAGAAAGGGAAAAGGAAAAAAGUAG